GACCGACUUAUCUUCGUCUCCCUCUCCCUCUCCCUCUCCCUACCUCCCUACCUCCCUCCCUCUCAUCCAUCUACCAUAUUCAUCCGUCAACUUGAUUUUCAUAAGCUCAAUAUUACUCAGCCAUGGUUCGUGUUUCGGACUUCAUCGACAUGGUUUUCUUUUUCAUCAUGGUCACCCAUACCUGGCUCUACAUCUAUUCUCUCCAGUAAUUAGAAACGAUGAAGAGCCAAAACCUUCCCAAUUCAGUCUUCUUCAAGCCUCUGAGCUCACAGUUUCACCUACCCAUCAUCCUCGCAUACUUCGUCUUCUUCGGUUGCGGCCUCACGGUCGGCAUAAUCCUGAGCUUCCACCUCGAGAACUUGUCCCUCAGCCUAAACAUCACGCAGUUGUCGUCAGAAUCACCUCCUCAAACUGAGAGUGCCAACAUCGAGAACCCAGCUCGGGUUGGGCUCAAGGAGUACCUAAAGCCGCCAGAUGUGAUGCACGACAUGGAGGACGCAGAGCUCCUGUGGAGGGCCUCGAUGGCUCCAAGGAUUCGGGAGUACCCGUUCGACCGAGUCCCCAAGAUCGCCUUCAUGCUCCUUACAAAGGGGCCGGUCCUAUUGGCUCCUCUCUGGGAGAAGUUCUUCAAGGGCCACGAGGGGAUGUACUCGAUUUACGUGCAUUCGAGCCCGUCGUGGAACGAGUCGGAGCCCGAGGAGUCCGUGUUCUACGGACGGAGAAUUCCCAGUCAGGAAGUUCAAUGGGGAAAGGUCAGCAUGAUCGAAGCCGAGAGGCGGCUGCUUGCCAAUGCGCUCCUCGACAUCUCUAAUGAGCGGUUCGUCCUCCUGUCGGAGUCCUGCAUCCCCCUAUUCAACUUCUCAACCAUCUACUCAUACCUCAUGAACUCCAAUAAGACCUUCGUGGAUCUCUACGACCUCCCGGGUCCAGUGGGGCGGGGCCGGUAUAAUCACCAGUUGUACCCCGAGAUCUCCCUGAGGGACUGGAGGAAAGGGUCUCAGUGGUUUGAGAUGGACCGGGAGCUUGCCAUGGGAGUCGUGUCGGACACCAAGUACUUCCCGAUGUUCCAGGAGUUCUGCAAGCACUCUUGCUAUGCGGACGAGCACUACCUGCCCACGUUCGUGAACAUGAGGUUCUGGGAGACAAACUCCAACAGGAGCCUGACCUGGGUCGACUGGUCGAAAGGCGGGCCCCACCCAAACCGGUUCAUGCGGACGGAUGUCACCCCUGCGCUCCUCAAGACGUUGAGGAGUGGAAGCCAAUGCGAGUACAACGGGAACACGACCACGGUCUGUUUCUUGUUCGCGAGGAAGUUCCUGCCCAACACUUUGGAUAGACUCUUGAGAUUUGCACCAAAAGUGAUGCACUUCAAUAGGUAGAGAUAUAGAUGGACUUCAAGAAAUACGUACAUCCCCCAAAAGAAGAUUUAUUGUUGUCAUACCAUUCUUUAUUUUCUUGGAGAUAAGCGAGCUAUGGUAGAGAAUCGAUUGGCCGAGAUGUUUACUUCCGAUAAAUUGAUUGUAGACUGAGAAGCUCAUCGGCCAUGUAUAAAAUGCAAAUUGAAAUAUUUAGAAAUGCACUACUAUACUCCUUUUUACUAUUUGUAAUUCAUUCAAUAUAAAUAGACGUGAGAUGGCAGGUAUUUUA